UUUUAUCAUAUUGUAUCAUAUUGAAUCAUAUUGCAUCAUAUUGUAUCAUAUUGUUUCAUAUUGUAUCAUAUUGAAUCAUAUUGUAUCAUAUUGUAUAUUUUAUCAUAUUGUAUAAUAUUUUAUCAUAUUGUGCCAACACUGUAUCCUGAGCAUCUCCAGCUGUUGUAGAACUACAAGUCCCAUCAUUGCCCUCAGCCUGUCUGUGCAGCCGUGUAGUGAUCCGCAUUCAUUGGUUCUCAGGGAGGGGCUGGGGGUCUCCACUGGAGCAGAUGAUUCUCCUUGGUAACUUUGUGGAAUCCUUUCAGCUUUGUCACAGUCUCCCGGCUCCUCCCAGGGGUUGUCUGACUCUACCUGGGGACAGGUGCAAGGAGCACAGGCUCCAAACAGACACCUCUCCUCCCUCCAGGGUCCUGCUCUCCUCCAGGAUGUCCUAUCCAGGCUCUGUCCCUGGGGACCCCCAGCCCCCACUAUGGAUGAUCACUGGAUCUCAUUCGUGCAGAGGAUCUGGGAAGCUGGACGCCCUUCAGGCUGGGGACAGGGACAUGAAGUCUCCCUUUGCUGAGGAAUGGAUCCCUGAGGGUCAUCUGGCCACCUUAUCCCUGGAGACCUCCAAUGAGGAGAACAUUGAUCUGGAAGACCACCCAUCUCUGGAUGAGACGCCUGGAAAGAUUGACGUGCAACAGGGAGCCAUAGACAUCUCAGUGCCAGACACCUGCAGGGUCCAUGGGCAGGAGCUCAGCCUCUUCUGCUAUGAGGAACACAAGCUCAUCUGUGCCCAGUGCAAGUCUGUGGGCACCUGUGAGACCCACCGCACCAAACCUGUGGAAGAAAGGGCAUCUCAGAUCCGGAACAAGAUUGUGGAUCAAUGCGAAAAGCUGCAGCUACAAACAGCGGGGAUCGAGAAGUAUCUUGCCGAGGCGCUUCCAGAUAAGAUCCCACGAGUGGCGAGCUCGGCCAGAACCGCUCGUGAGCUGAUCAUCCAGCGACUGAACUUUAUCCGCAACGUGUGCGACAAUGAAGAGCAGCGACUUCUGGAGGAGAUCCACACGGAGGAGGAACGGGCCCAGCAAGGGAUCCUCACCCAGAGGGCCCACUGGACGGAGUCCAUCAAGAAGCUGUCGGGUAUCAGGAACUACCUGGUGGACAUGCUGACCAAGAUGGACGACCUCAACCUCAUUGUUUCUGAAAAUAAAAUGGAAGACAGGACAGAAGAAGCUGAAGGAAUUCUGGAACCUAAAGAGUCAGAAAAGUUAAACUUUAACUCGAAUUGUUGUCAGAGUCCAUUACUGAACAGACUGUGGGCCCUGUCUGUACUCUGCUGCACCUCCGCUUGUAAAGGCCUCACAUUUGAUGAGAAGACCCUGAGCCCCUUGCUUGCCCUAUCAGACAACAACAGCCUUAAGUUCCUGCCCAAAAAAGCAAAGGACUAUCCAGACGGGCCCGAAAGAUUCGACCACUGGCCCAACUGCUUGGCGGUAGAGUCCUUCCAGAAGGGCAUCCACAUGUGGAAGGUGAACGUGGAGACGUGUUGCGCCUACAAGCUUGGCAUCACCUACAGAUCUAUCGCACGUAAGGGCUCGGGCAACGACGCCAGGCUGGGGUACAAUCCGGUGUCCUGGAUCUUCUCCCGCUACGAUAAAGACUUCCGUUUCUCCCAUGACUCUAAGCACGAACUUGUGGAACUUCUAAAGAGUCCAAAACAAGUUGGCGUCCUGGUGGACAUGGAUGCCGGAGAGCUGGUCUUCUUUGACCCCGUUUCUUGCGUCAUCUUGUACAGUCACCAGGCGAAGUUUACCGCUCCGGUUAGUCCGGUGUUCGCCGUGGCCGACGACUCCAUCAGUCUCGAGAAGUGACCCCAGAAGGAACGUCCUUACUUGUACAGAUUCUUUGUUAUAGAACGUCUGUAUAUUUGUUACAUAUGUAAAGGAAAACUCUACCCAAAGCGGAGUAUUCCGAGUAUUCUGUUUGGGGUUGGUUCUCCAGAAGCGGUUUGGUGUCCUAUCCAAUGGUUGGAUAUGGUUGGCCUGUCUUGGCGCGCUGGUGCCCGUUCUUGUUGUGUCUUCAAUGUGACUUUGGACACACUCAUGUAGACCGGGAUGGACUCCAGGCAUCACCUUAUCACUCAACCAGUCAGAGGAACCAAUGAAAAUCUUGGGUGACUUGGUGGGUCAUACCAUGUUUACGUGACAUUGGCUUCUAGGGAAAUGCAAGAACAUGGCCACCACACCAAUGUUUUUUUCAGGUGCUAUCUGACUCAUCCCCAAAUCAAGCGAAUGGAGCUGAGCUGCAAUACUUGACACAACCCAUAGACAAGAGUGGCGCUGUUCCCAAAAUUAAAGCAGUACUUUCCAAAA